UUAAACUCGUCGCUACAGGACAAAAUUGAACGCUCACAUUAUGCGGUUAGACGCAUGAUUUGAGAUUUUUAAUUUUUAACACAUACGAAUGCAUCUCGGGUAGCAAUUCCGACGAAAUACGGGAUUCAAAAAGCAGGCGGUUCGGGUUCAGUUUGUCGACGAACUUUUCCGAUUAUGAACGUCCAUCAUUUUUGAAGCAACGUGUAAACGAAGAAACUGGCAAAUCAUCGAAUCACGUAACAGUUGCGGGGCUUUUUCUAACCGGGCAAAAUUUUAUCCCACUUCACUAUAAAAACAAAAACCCUCGUACUUACACGAUUUAUUCUCCGGUAAUUCAUGGCGACGAAAACUUGCGCGUUUUGAAGUAGUUGAAAAUGGAUGUUGAUUGCGCUUAUUCUGCCCUAAGCGCCGCAAUCGAUUAUGGCCAUCCCCUUGGCUACAUGGUCUUUCUCAAUGUUUUAAUAAAACUUUUGCGGCCGGAUAUCGUCGACAAAGAAAAUCAGCCAAAAAUUACUGCCGCGGACGACUUGGCGGAGAGCUAUGACUUCGUUGUCAUCGGUGCUGGAGCAGCGGGAGCUGUAAUUGCGAACAGAUUGACGGAGAAUUCGAACUGGACGGUUUUGCUCCUGGAAGCUGGAGGCGAGGAACCGGUCAUUUCGGACGUACCAGCGACAUAUUUGAGUCUUCAAAGUGGCGAACUGGACUGGAACUUCAAGGCCGAACCUUCCUCCACCUAUUGCAAGGGCAUGACCGACAAUAGAUGCAGAAUACCCAAAGGUAAGGUGCUCGGUGGCAGCAGUACGACUAAUGCGAUGAUUUACGUGCGCGGAAACAGCAAGGACUACGACGAAUGGAGAGACCAAGGAAAUCCGGGAUGGGGCUACGAGGACGUUCUGCCGUAUUUCAUAAAGUCGGAGAACGUCUCGAUCCCGGAGCUUCGUAAUUCGCCUUAUCAUGGAACCGGAGGAUACCUCGGAGUAGAAUACUUCAAACACAGUAGUGACAUGGAAGACUUAUUCCUGCAAGCUAGUCGCGAAUUGGGAUACGACGUGAUCGAUGCGAACGGAAAAUCCCAAAGUGGCUUUAUGAAAUCACAAAUAACUCUCAAAAACGGUUUGAAGUGCAGUACGUCAAAAGCUUUUCUUCGCACCGCCGCCCACAGGAAGAACCUUUUCAUCAGCACCGAUUCUUUGGUUCACAAAAUCCUUAUCGAUGAAAAAACGAAAACUGCCUACGGCGUCAAAUUUCGAAGAGGCGAAAAAAUGUACACCGUGAACGCCAAGAGGGAAGUGAUCCUAUCGGCGGGAGCGAUACAAUCCCCCCAACUUUUAAUGCUCUCUGGAAUCGGGCCAAAAAAGCAUCUCAAAGAGAUGGGAAUUCCGGUUAUUCAUGACCUCCCUGGCGUUGGUGAAAAUUAUCAGGAUCACGUGCUUUUGGGAGGCUUGGUGUACCUCAUGGACGCUCCUCCGGUUGAUACCUACCGGAAUACCACCAACCCGGCGACCUUUUCGGCCGCAAAAAGAUUCCUGGAAGAUCACGACGGUCCGAUGUACGACCUUCCAGGCGCCGGGGCGAUGGGCUUCGUCAGCACCAAGUACUCUACUCCGGAUUAUCCGGACGUUCAGCUUGUCUAUGGUCCACGAGGCGACAAUCAGAUGGGUUCCUUUUUCGCGGCACGCGCUGCCGAUGUGAGAAAAGAUACGUAUAACAACCUGUUCGAGGGAUUGAUAAAUCACGCAAGUUAUCGAUUACCUGCGACUAUUUUGCGCCCGAAAAGCAGAGGGUACGUUAAACUGAAGGACGCCAAUCCCGAGCACUAUCCGAUCAUAGUCCCGAAUUACUUCAGCGACCCGCAGGACCUCGAAGUUCUGGUUGAGGGAACGCUGCUGGCUUAUAAAUUCAGCCAAACUCCGACGAUGCAACGUUUCAAGCCACGUCUCAACCGAAAUCCGAUAAGUCCGGAGUGUGCGAAGUUUCCGUAUUUUUCGAAAAAUUAUUUACGCUGCCACGCGAGAUACUAUCCGCAAACUGCCGAGCAUCCGAGUUCCACCUGCAAAAUGGGUCCUGCUUACGACGACAUGGCGGUCGUGGAUUCACGUCUCAGGGUCUACGGUAUAAAGCGUCUUCGGGUCGUCGAUUCUUCCAUAAUGCCUACGAUCGUCUCCGGAAAUACUUACGCUCCGGCUGUCAUGAUCGGCGAGAAGGGAGCGGACAUGAUCAAGGAAGAUUUGGUGUCCAGCAACGACAUGCAAUCCGAUGCUCCGGUUUUAGAUUCGGAAAAUCCGUCGGAGUAUCGCGUUGCUGAAAUUCUUCUUUUGCUUCUGAAAAGCUAUAUUUAUUACAAGGAAAAAUACCUCUGGUUCAUUCCAGUCGUAUCCGUGGCUUGCGUUAUCUUAACUCUGUGCGCGGCGUUUGCCUGUUUCCUUUAUUAUCGUAAACUCCAACAGCCGAAAAAAUGAACAUUGCCAAUAGCUUACGAGUAAUUGUAAGCGGUGCACCACGCUGAUUCAAGAUGGCGGAAAAAUAGCCAUCGUUCAAUGUAAUUUAUGGAUAAAAGAAUAAAAGAAUUAUUAUGAAUAUA